AUGUCCUCCACUACUACUAAGACCGACUACGCCAUCUCGAUGGCCAGCGUGCAGGCCGCCGCCGAGCGUAUCAACGGCUUCGCACACCGUACGCCCGUGCUAACGUGCCACGCCCUCGAAACGAUCGCGGCGGGGGAGAGCGGAGCCCCCAAGCGCCUAUUCUUCAAGAACCUGCAGAAGGUGGGUGCGUUCAAGUACCGAGGUGCUCUCAAUGCCGUCAAGAAGUAUCUGCAGGAGAAGAAGGAGAAGGGGGAGAAGACAGACACGACGUUUGUCACGCACUCGAGCGGGAAUCACGGCCAGGCAUUGGCUCUUGCGGCCCGAGACGCCAACUGCAAGGCGGUGAUCGUCAUGCCCAACAACUCGCCGAGUGUCAAGCAGAACGCCGUUCGCGGCUACGGUGCUGAGGUGAAGCUGUGUGCUCCGACGAACGAGGCGCGUGAGAAGGCUGCCAACGAAGUCGUCGAGGCGACUGGGGCUCGCUUUGUGCAUCCGUCGAAUGAUCCGGACGUCAUGAACGGCCAGGGCACGGUCGCGCUGGAGCUGCUGGAACAGGCGAAGGAGUACGGGGUGGAACUUGAUGCAAUUAUCGUGCCAAUUGGCGGCGCUGGACUCUGCUCGGGAGUUGCAAUGGCUGCGAAGUCCGUUCAACCCGGUAUUAAGGUGUUCGCGGUGGAGCCCACCGGAGCAGCCGACGCCUACAACUCCUUCCAGAAGCACGAGUUGAUGGGCCAUACUGGCCCCAUCAACACUGUGGCUGACGGUCUCCGGACCACACUGGGCGACAACAAUUGGCCCGUCGUGCGAGACCUCGUGGAUGAGAUUCUGCUCGUUUCCGACGACGAGAUCGUCUCGGCCAUGAAGCUGAUCUGGGAGCGCAUGAAGCUGGUUGUAGAGCCUAGUGGUGCUGUGGCGACGGCUGCUGUCCUCGCCCACAAACUUCCGGCAGGGAUAACCAACGUGGGCGUCGUGUUUUCGGGCGGAAACGUUGACCUCGAGAAGCUGCCGUGGGCUCAAAAGGCCUGA